AUGACGGUCAGAAAAACCUCUCACGUCAACUGGCUGGCAGUUCUAAGGUUAACGGUCUGCCUGGAAACCCAGAUCUCAAGCAGAACCUCCUUGGAUCUUAGAGCAUUCAUUCUGCAGAGAGGGACGGCGGAGCCAAAGAAAGCUAGAGGCGGCCUGGGAGCCGAAGCAGGGAGGACGGAGGGCUCCGGGGCGCGUGCAGAACCGAGGAGGAGUCCCGGGCUGUCAACGGGACGGGAGGGAGAGGGAGCUCGCCUGCGCGGGGAGACCGCAGAUCGGGAGGCGGGUGCCAGAUCAGUCCCUUACCGAGCGCUGGGCACGUCCACCGGCCCGAGGCCGCCGCCGCCGCCUGGGCCGGCUAACACUUCCCCGCCGUAUUUCUCCUCCAUCGCGGGGAUCAGGAGCCGCCGCCGCUGCCCCUGCCGCGGGGUCUCCUCAUGUCUCGCCGCUGCCGCGGAACAGCGGUCGCAAGCGCGUCACUUCCCCAUGGCAGCGGCCCUGUCGGGUCCCCGCAGGCCGGGCCGCCGCCGCUGUCCCCGGCUCGCAAGCACACACGCGUCGGGACUAGGCCACGGACAGUUCCGGCGGCGCGGGGCUCCCCGGAGGCUCACCGGAGUGGACGCUGCCAGGCCACGUCACCGACCCAGCAGCCCUCACUCUCGGGGGAGUGCCAGGUUCUGCGCCUGCGCAGGACACACCACUCGCCAGCCCUCCCUCUUCCUUAGGCUCCUCCCACCGCGGGGCUACAGAUCGAAUCUUCACCCCCUCUCAGCCUCUCUCAUUGACGCGGCCUCAGCGCAUACCUGUCCUGCAGCGCCACCAACGGGUCGUCAGGAAUAUAGCGGAUUCUUCUGCCGCGGAGGGCAGGGGCGGAGGAAAUACACAGCGUGUGACGAAAUAGAGUUUCUUUUAAAUUCUGGCUCCUAAACUGUGCUGCUUAAUCCUGCAGGCCAGUAAACCUAGGCAGGAAUGCCACUGAAGUGAUUCUGUACUCCUCUCAGUGCAUCACAUUGGAAGGCACAUGAUGUUGGUUUGUCUCCUGCUGAAGUCAAGUAUUAUCAUUUGGUAAGGAGGCAUCUGCCAAAUUUUGCAGUGUGAUGUUUCAUGAAUAAGUUUGUUUUUUAUUUGGCUUCAUCCACAGU